CUUUUGAUCUGUGUAAACGUUUGUAGCAGCAUUUUUGGUUUUUGACGAACAUUUGACAAUUUCUGCAUUUUUAUUAAAUAUUCUUCAUGGUUCUAAUUGGUAAAUACGUUUAUGUUUAAUUAACAGACCAUAUUAAUUGUGAAAAUUAUGUCCUAUUAUACGCGCAAGGAGAUUGAUGAAUUGCACGAUGACAUUACGUCUCUGGCUGCCAAGGCUACGGCGGAUGAGGAGGAAAAACGCUCUGUUAUAUCUUCCAUAGAACAUUCGCUUCAUAAUGGCUACGAUCGUCGACGUAUGAGUGAAAAGUUAGAGAAAUAUUUGGAUGCUAAACAAAGUACAAGAUUGGUGGAGAAACUACAAGACCGUUUAGACGAGUACAAGAGAAAAGCUCGCAAACGAAAUGGCGGGUCGGAAGACAACACCACAAAGUCGGACAGUUCAGCUCCAGAAGCGCCCAAAAAAUCGCGAUUUGAUGUUGUCAUCCCAAAAUCGAAUGGUGACAAGUCAACAUUACCACCAGCUGUACCCGCUAUUCCAGUACUAUCGUUACCAGUGGUCCCACCCACCCUAACAACAGCUUCAUCUUCAUUAAGUAGCAAUCAGAUUAAAUUAAUGAUGGUUAAUGCCCAACGUGAAAUUGAGGAACGAAAAAGGGCUCUUACUCAAUUGAAAGCCAAAGAUCCCAUACUAGCUUCCGUACCACAAAUUGGUCUACCGGUGGCUAUGGCUAGUCAAGCUUUAUCCAAGCAGCCUCCACCAGAAGAUGUUGACAAAGCCAAGAAAAUUGCUGAGCUACAGGCACAGAUACGAGCCAAACUUUCCGGAUCCUUGGCAAACCUUAUACAACCGCCUGUAGCUCCGGCUACUGACCGUCCAAAACCAUUGAUAUUAGAUGAAGACGGUCGUACGAUUGACAAAAGUGGUCGAGCUAUUAACAUACCCACACUGACACCUACUCUUAAAGCCAACAUACGUGCUCAAAAGCGUGAAGUUUUCAGCAAAUCACAAACAUACGCUGAAAAGUCAUCGUCGCAAGAGGAUGCUGUGAAAUUUUUCGAUGAUCGUAUUGCUCAAAAGCCAGGCACACGCAACAAAAGAGCUUUGCGAUUCCACGAACCAGGCAAAUUUCAACAAAUGGCUGAACGGAUGCGCAUGAAAGCACAAUUGGAGCGUCUGCAAAAUGAAAUUUCACAAAUUGCUCGCAAGACCGGCAUUAGUUCCGCUACGAAAUUGGCACUUAUAGCACCAAAACAAGAUACGCCCGACGAUGUGCCCUCCAUGGAAUGGUGGGAUUCGGUAAUUUUGACAAACGAUCUGAAUACCGUUGAUGAAGAUGGUAAAAUAAGCAUAAGACAGUCGGCAAUAACAAAUUUAAUUGAGCAUCCAACACAGAUGAAGCCGCCGAAUGAACCCUUGAAACCUGUAUAUUUGCCAGUAUUCCUUACCAAAAAGGAACGCAAAAAACUGCGUCGUCAAAAUAGACGGGAAGCCUGGAAGGAGGAACAAGAAAAAAUACGCUUGGGCUUGGUACAACCACCGGAACCAAAAUUGCGCAUAUCCAAUCUAAUGCGUGUUUUGGGCACUGAAGCUGUACAAGAUCCAACCAAAAUCGAAGCCCAUGUAAGGGAGCAAAUGGCCAAGAGGCAAAAGGCCCAUGAAGAUGCCAACAAUGCUAGAAAGUUGACAGCUGAACAGAAGAGCGAAAAAAAAGUACGCAAAAUUAAAGAAGACACAUCUUGCGGUGUCCAUGUUAGUGUUUAUCGCAUAAGAGAUCUGCAGGAUAAUGCCAGCAAAAAGUUUAAAGUUGAAACAAAUGCCAAACAGCUGCACAUGACCGGCACAGUGGUAUUGUUUCGUGAUUGCUGUGUUGUGGUUGUUGAAGGCGGGCCCAAGCAACAGAAGAAAUAUCGACGUCUUAUGUUGCAUCGCAUCAAGUGGGAGGAGGAUAUGGUUAAGGGUCCCGAUGGCCAAGAAGUUCCUAAUACCUGUGUGCUAGUAUGGGAGGGCACUAGUCAACGGCGACACUUUGGCGAAAUCAAAUUUAAAAUUUUUCCCAUGGAAAAAAUGGCCAGAGAAUUCUUUCAGAAGCAUCAAGUCGAGCAGUACUGGGAUCUAUCAUACUCGGGUGCUGUUUUGGAAGCUUCCACAGAUGAAUAAGUGUUGAUAUGAUAUUUCUAAAAUCGAAAUUCUUUGUAUUUAGGUCUAUAUUCAGGAAAAAAAUGUUUUCUUUACAAAAAUUAAAAAAAUAAAAUCGUUGAUUUCUGGAAAAUCUA